ACACGUUGUUUGUUUCUCUCCGGAGCUUUUUAGACACUGCACUGUCAACAAACAAAAUGGCGCGCUGUCCUCUGGGCUGAAGCUUCGUUAAAUCAGGUCGCCCCUCACUGAGUCCAGCAGAGAUCACCUGAAGUCACCUGACCAGAGCUGCUGGUGGCUGAUCGCUGAGCUGACGUCAUGGUGCUGAAGAUCUACUUCCCGCAGUGCUGUAACCGGGCGGACAGCGGACUGAUGGUCGGCCGCUGGAUCGCUGGCCACGACUCGGCUGUGGUGUUGGCAGUCAUCCACUACCCGUUCAUCCCCGGUCAGGUCAAACGGUACAUCCAACAGAUACAGGCCCAGAGUGGGGUGGAGCUGUCGGUGCUGGGCUCAUGGAGUUUACCCAAAGAGGGUCAGGAGGGCAUGGAGAGCUUCCUCAGAGACCUCAGCACCAUCUUCCCCCAGGAACGCUGGCUCCAGAUCAACCGCGAGUUUGGCAAGACCGGCUUCACCUGUGAGGUCCUCACCCAGGAUCAGAAUGGAGGAACCACUCAGCAGGAGGCUAAGAAGAAGAAGAAGAUGGUUGAGGAGGGUGAUGGAGAAGCUGUAGGUGAUGGAGAAGAGGAGGGUGAAGAGGAGAAGGUGAUCUUCGUCCACUACGAGCAGAAGAAGGUGAUGUUGUCGCAGCUUCACCCAAUCGAAAACGGAGUUCCCGACCCCAAAGCUGAUCCACCGUCUGAACUGAGACAGAUGUUCCGGAUGGUGGCCAACAGUCAACCUCUGUUCUUCUUGGACAAAUACGACGACGGGCCGCUGAAGACGACACACUGGCAGUCUGAAGGUCGAGAGGGCAGCAUCAUCGUGGAGCUCCUCAAACAGGCCUCAGCACCGCUCUGUCUGCUCAUCAGCUGGCUGCUCUCCAUCUGGACCUGCUUCUGUAACAUCCGAAUCUUCAGUCUUUACCCGCUGCGCUUCCUGUCCACUAAACUGUCCACGUGUAUCCAGCUCAGCUACAGAACUGAACACAUGAGGACGCUCAGCUCGGCCAAACCGGCCGCCGGACACACACAGUUCAUGAGGAAGGCCAACAUCCUGGUGUCGCUCCUGGUGGACGUUGCUCUUGGCUUGUUGCUCAUGUCGUGGCUCUACAGAGACAACCACAUCACCAUGUUGGCCAACGCUCUGGUGCCUGCAGCUGACCACAUCGCUAAAGAGCUGGACGAGCUGUUGCAGUGGCUGAUGGGAGCUCCAGCGGGGCUUAAGAUGAACCGGGCCUUGGACCAGGUUCUGGGCCGCUUCUUCCUCUACCACAUUCACCUCUGGAUCAGCUACAUCCACCUGAUGUCUCCCUUCAUUGAGGGGAUCUUGUGGUACGGAGGCCUGUCCGCCUGCCUCGGCCUGACCUUCGCCCUCUCGCUGCUCUCCGACAUGGUCGCCCUGCUCACCUUCCACAUCUACUGCUUCUACGUGUACGGAGCCAGGCUGUACUGUCUGAAGAUCUACAGCCUGUCGUCUCUCUGGAGGCUCUUCAGAGGGAAGAAGUGGAACGUCCUGCGUCAGCGGGUGGACUCCUGCUCCUAUGACCUCGACCAGCUCUUCAUCGGAACGCUGCUCUUCACCAUCCUGCUGUUCUUGCUGCCCACCACGGCUCUGUACUACCUGGUCUUCACUCUGUUGCGGCUGGUGGUGGUGCUGUUCCAGGGCGUCCUCCACCUCAGUGUGGACUUCAUUAACUCCUUCCCUCUGUUCGCCGUUGGCCUCCGCAUCUUUCGCUCGUUCAGGUUGGCAGAGGGUGUGAAGUUCAGGGUGCUGUGUGAGGAGCCCGGCACGGCCCUUCACCUGAUGAUGGAGAUUAACCCUCUGAAGUACGGCACAGUGGUUCAGACCUACCGCACCCCGACUUACAGCUGUUACCCCAAAGACUCGUGGACUGCUCUGGUCAAGAAACUGUUUGUUGGGGAGCUGAUUUACCCGUGGAGACACAAAACCACCAAGACUGACUGAGAGACAUCAGAGAGACAAAGAGAGGAAAGGGAAGUGACUGAAUAAAUAAUGAGAUGGAAAUAGACAGAUGGAGGGACGAGAGUGAAUUCAGUAUGAAGACCUUUCAUGUCAGAAGUCUUUUAAGGUCUGAAGCUGCUCUGUGUCGCCACAGUUUGUAAAAAUCUGAUCAGCUUGAACAAAAAUAGGCCAGAGCACAACGAACACAACGAACACAACAAACACAACGACAGAAUCAGACAUGAUCAGAAAAUCUGAAUCUGUGGAAAAGGACGGCAGAUUUUCUUUUGUUGUUGAGGUCAGACAUUAAAUGAAACACGAGAACUUGAACUCCUCUCACACACACACACACACACACACACACACACACACACACACACACACACACACACACACAGCUAACACAAACUGACAUCAUAAAGACACUAAAGGACCAAAACAAUUCUUCUGUGUGUUUGAAAAUGACAGCACACGUCUAUACGUCUGUGAAGUUAGUUCAUGUAUGUAGUUCACAUUUAAUGGACAUUUAAUUAGCGUACAUAACAAACAUGUAUGUAAUGUUGUGUGUGUGUGUUUGGUAUGACUCAUAAAUAGUCCAUCACGUCACACCUCUUCUAAAGUGACCUCCUCCCAGUCUUUUACGAACUACGGCGACAAAAAUUUUUUAACUGGUUCAAUAUUAUGUGUUAUAAUUUUCCCCAGUGUGGGAUCAAUAAAGUCUAUAUUAUCUUAUCUUAUGGAGUGCGAGCGUCACUGUCUGCAGCAUGAUUCUUGCACGCAUUGGUACUCAAUGUACGUCCACUAAAAGAGUUUAUUUUUCCCGCUGACAGGCUCAGAUUGUUGUUAUAAACGUCUGACAGCAUUAUGGAACUGACCCUCCAGAGAAAGACGUUAGUGAGAGAGUAAAACCAUUUUUACAAAAAUAAGCUCUUUGGAUGGACAUUGACAGUACCCUGCAGGAAUCACAUUACAGCUAAGUUUGCAGCUUCUGGCUGCAGAGCUGUCACUCAAUACUCGACCAGUUUUUAAAAUGAUUGUCCCCGUUAGUCACUUAUACAAACACACAGGUAUUUUUCUACCUGGAUUCACACAGCAGCACAGCAAACACACAACACUGACUUCCCUCUGUGUCAACGCAACUUUCUCGUCCCGCUUCACUGAGCUCUUCAUCCUCAGCAGAGUAAACUCUUUUAUUUUGAGCACUCUGUGACGUUUCCUGUAGCACCAGCUUCAGAACAAAAUGAGAUGCAUGACAUUCAUGCUCCCCAGAGGGUAAACCCUUUGGCUUUAAUAACUCCAUGAACUUUACUCAAUCACUGUUAUUGCUUCAGUCCCACACACUGAACGUUGGAGCUCCUGAAGGGAUUUUAGAAGCCGUGUUAAAGUGAGCGUUAACGUUAACGUAACAUUUGCUGGACAGCAGCCACUGUGAGCGCACGUGACGAUUCAAUGUCACCUUGAAGCUUCAUUCAAGGUCGUUUUGGUCCACUAACACAGAGACAGAAUUUAAAUCAAUCUAUUUAUGUAUUAACUGCACUGACCGUGUAGAUAGUUAUGAUAAUUUCAAUUUUAUGUGAUUAGUAGUGAGAGACAAACUGAUUUAUUCCUUUUUAAAUGUAAAGUUUUAGUCUAAAUGAAAUGAUUCAUUGUUUUAUAGUCUUAUUUCCUUCAUACACUGGAAGUGAUUUUCACACAGACAGUUAUUAUAAGAUUCUGUUUGUCUUUUAUUUUAUUAAUGUGCCUAAUUUAAUGAAAUGUUGUCCUUAAAUUCUUUAUAACAAUUAACAUGAAGCAGCUCUCAUUAAAAGAAACAGUUUGAUCAUUUGGCUUCUUAUCUGCAGGCGACUUUGUUGUUAUUUGACUUGUUUUUGAUGAUUGUUUCUAUAAUGUGAAUUAUUUCUGUCUUAUUUUACUGAAAUCGCUCUUUAGCCUCACUAAUUUGUCUUUUCUAACAGUGGGACUUGUUUGUGUUCUUAUUUUUAUCCUUUUAUUGUAUCAGCCUCUAUUGAGCUCUGAAUGUCCCAUUGUCAUUUAAUAAAAUUCAUACAUAUUUAAUA